CGCCGCUAAUUGCGAAGGUCACACUGCCACAUACGUGGUAAUUUUCUGUCUUCGUGGGAGUUUUCGAAGAGCUUUGUUAAAGCCCCAUUUAAUUGCAUUUAGCUAGGUUAAUAUCCACCUUAAGAGCCCAAAACAGACAACCGCAACCAUGGGCGUAGCCAGCAUGUUGCAGAUCGACGAGAUGCUGGGCGACUUCAACAGAAUGAACAAGCGUCAGUCGUUGUACCAGGUGCUAAGCUUUGCUAUGAUUGUCUCCUCGGCGUUGAUGAUCUGGAAGGGCCUUAUGGUAGUCAGUGGCAGCGAGUCCCCGAUCGUGGUGGUGCUCAGUGGAAGUAUGGAACCGGCAUUUCACCGUGGCGACCUACUCUUCCUCACUAACUACAAGGAGGAGCCGGUGCGCGUAGGCGAGAUCGUAGUCUUCAAGGUGGAAGGCAGAGACAUACCCAUAGUGCACCGCGUAAUUAAGCUGCACGAGAAGGAGGAUGGAUCCGUCAAAUUCCUGACCAAAGGCGACAACAACAACGUGGAUGAUCGGGGUCUGUAUGCGCCAAACCAGCUGUGGCUGACUAAAAAGGAUAUUGUGGGACGGGCCAGGGGCUUCCUGCCCUAUGUGGGCAUCAUCACGAUCUUUAUGAACGAGUAUCCAAAGGUUAAGUGGGCCAUCCUCUCCAUUCUGGCCAUUUUCGUGCUGCUGCAUCGGGAAUAGACGGUUUGCUCUUAUUUUGUAGGUACAAUUUAUAAGUAGGAAGUGCACAAUCUCGAGCCUGUCUGCAUUUUCGUUUCCCUUACCACCCCCAACAGAAAGACCUUUGUGCGGAGCUGAUUUUCAAUAAAGAUACAUGUAACAAUUUUUAA